GGUCGUCAACAAAAAUGGCGAAUCUAGUCCGCAGAGCCGGCGAAGUUUCUCACAAAAUAAAAGCUGUUGCAAAAGAUAAGGUUAUUCCAACGUCAAAGACCAUAUAUGCCAAGGUAAAACCAAAGGUUGUGAGCACAUCUAAAUAUGUUGCGAAAGAGCUUGGACCACCUCUGCGACGUACAUCAAAAUACCUGCUAAGUGCCGCCAGACCUCACGUACAGAGGUAUGAAAAUCUGACUACAUCAGCAGUCUCCACAAAACUUCAGCCCCAUGUGGAUGCAGCCCGUGCCAGCUUGCAGCGUACCCUUGCCUCCGUUGCUCCAGGCCUCGCCGCAUCACAGAACAAGGAUGCCCUGCCGGAGGGGCAGCCUCAGGGUGAGAGUGACUAUAGAGAGCGGUUUAUUCCAUUGACCCGUAAGUCAGUGAUUUUCCAACUGAUGCAGAAAGAUAAAUUCCUGACUGCGGAAGAGAAGAAAAGUUAUGAGAAUUUCGCCCUGGCAUUAGACUCUGCUAUUAGGAACAAAUACCAUGGAGUUCUGCAAGAUUUGAAGGCAUUGUUUGACCCAUUGAACCCGGACACCGACACUGUUGAAACAAGAAGCUGGAAUCCCCGGGAGCGCUCGGAGAAUGAGUUCUGGCUGCUAGAACGACUUGAUGAUGUCAUGGAGCGUGCAAACUUCCACGAGAUUCCGACUGCUGUCAUGGAACAGGCACUAAGGGAACAUGAUGUCAGCCAUGCUGUAAAGGUUACUAUUGACACCUCCAAGUAUGACGUGCUGAAGUUCUGGGCCCUGGGCAAGGAACAGAUUCCAGAUAGACUUCCAUGGUACAAAUCCUGGUUUACCAAGCCCCAGGACCUUCCCAAGCCUAAACUUUACUACAAGCGACUUGUGGUCGCCCUGCGCUUUAAACGAGAUCAAAAACUCACUCUCAAGUGCUUUAAAGAAAUUCCUGUUAAUAGAUUAGAAAUGGUGUUACCGGAUGGGAAAAUAGACUACAGUAAGAAAGCACAAGGACUUGUUGCAACAUCUGUGGCAUUAGCUGGUACAGGAGUUAUUGCUAAAAUAGUGACCACCCUAGCUGAUAUCCAAGUAGACUGGCCUGUGAUAUUCACUGGAGUUACAGGACUUAUGGGUGCAUACGGUGUAUACGAAUAUCAGAGUCAGAGAAAUAAUUACCUAGCUGAUCUUUCAAGACUUUUGUACUUUAAGACAAUAGCAAAUAACCGAGGGUUGUUGUCAUUAUUGGUUGAUCGGGCAGAAGACGAGACAUUAAAGGAGGCCCUUCUAGUCUAUUCCUUCCUCCUAGCGAAGAGGUCAGCCAUAACGUAUGACCAGAGAAGCAUUGAAAUGUCACCUGAGGAACUGGGUGGAAUGACCCCGAUCCAGCUGGAGGGUCGUAUAGAGAAGUGGAUUCGGGAGACUUCACAUGUUGAUGUUGAGGUGGAUUGCCGCGAGGCAAUGGAACUCCUCAAAGGCUUUGGCAUCCUCACUGACAUUGACAACCGCUUGUACGUGCUUCCCCUGCAUGCGGCCUUGCGAAACCUCCCCCAGCAGCUGCCCUCUGUGAUCGCACGGGCGUCGUCUGCAUCAGGUGAUAUUGCGGAGGGGUAUGAUCGGGACACUUUCGCGGAGACAGAGGAUCAGUAUACAAGAGAGGACAAGUUGCAAAGACGUAUCGGCUGGUUCUGAGUGUUUAGAUAAUACAAUUGGCUGAUUGUGCAGAACUUAGUUAACAACAUGAUUAACAAGAUUGUUGCUUACUUUUAAAUGUGAAAUAGUCGAUGAUGUGUUAAUAUAUUUCAAUAAAACAACUCCAGCUGAAACAGUUAUCUGAAAUCUUGGUAGAAAUACUGCAGAUCACAUGCGUAUCCACUAAAAGGCGAUGGCAGUAAAGGUUUGACAGCAUUAAAACAUUGUUAACAUAAACAAAGCUCUGAAGAAUUGUCCCAAUGUAUGUUUUGCUGAUGGAAGCCAAUUAUUUAUUUUCUCUGUGUGCGGAAAAUGAUAGGAAUCAUUGCUCAUCAUUUCUCUUACCAUGGGUUGUACUCAUACUAUGAAACGGGGUGAGAAAUAUGAAAGUUAGUGCGAUAUUAUUUAACCUGGUAACUCCAAUGGCCUCAGAAAUUAAUUUAUAAUUUUUUGUCCAUAAAGAAGUUUUAUCACUAAGGAAGAAUUGAAAUGAUGAACCUUAGUAAAAUAAAAUAAUGGAACAGAGAUAUUUUAACAUCUUUUGAGCAAUAAAUUACUUGGUUCAGUUAAAGAUUGAUCAUGAACAUGAAAGGGCUUAAUAUUAGUUUUCUAUUCAUCAGUUAGGAAAAAGACAAAGUAAGAUCUGUCAUUAAUUUCAUUUUUCUUAUAUAUAUAUAUAUCACUCUAUUCACAUGUAUAUGUGUUGAGUGUUAAUGAAACUUGGAGCUUGAGUAAUCAUGUUGUGAUUUUUUAUAAUGAUCAUGACUUUUGUUAUAUCUUGUGUUAUGUACUACAUAGACAUAUGUUUUUUCUAUUCCUCCCAAUAGAAAAUUCUCUUACAGUAAUUUUGUACAUGUGUCUUUAAAAUUAUUAUAUACAUGAAAUGAUGAAUGCAAAUGCGCUGAAUUAUUUUUACACUUUAAACUAUGCAUCUCUUUCUGUUGAUUUUAAAUUUAAUUCAAGAGUGUUAAUUGUGUCGUAAGAAAGGUGUGUUGUCAUUUUACUGAUGUUUUGAUCUUAUUAAUUUGAAAAAAUUCCCCUGUCGUUAUUCUUGCAUUUUGCAUUGUCCUUGUACUGUCUUUUAAGACAUACUUAAAUAAUGAAGGUUGUUAACAAGCAAGGAGGUUCCUUGAUUACUCCACAACAGCUUGACACAGAUGUUUGACAUGAUAAAUUUAAUAUGACCUUGUAUAAGUAAUUACUGCUUGUUGCCUUCUUAAACUUGCAAAACAGGAAACAAUAAAAAGGCAAUAACAAUUACUUUGAGCUGUUGACACAAAUACAGAUCUAGGUCACCGAGCGAUACUGUGUCUUGUUUCGAUAUUGUGUCUUAUUUCGUUUGCUUAACUGUACCUUGAGUUGAAAGUCAUCAUAUGUACAAUUAUGUGACUUUGAGAGGCCUGGUGACCCCAGUUUAUGAAGGUGUCAUUUGAUAGCAUUUAGUUUUACCAUAGUUAUUUACAAUUAUUGUGAAACAGGUUAUUACAACACUAUAUUAACAACUCUCGUUGGCCCAAUGAUGUGGAGAGUGAGGUCUUGUGUUGUGGGUGGGGGAAACUGGAGUACCCGAAGGACACCCAUUUGUCCAGGUGUUGGUGACUGUAAACCAAACUUGCAUGUACCCAGCAAGUGUACUUACCUCUGCGCUUACCAGUGCACCUACCAGAGAACCUAGUAUUAAUUGAAAGAAUUUGAUUUGUAGAGAAAGAGUAUGUGGAAAUUAUACUGAAAAAAAUUUAUAUGACAAGCAACCAUUUCUUUCAAAUUGCAAAAUAUGUCAUUUCAGGUCUGACAAAACAGGAAUUAAUUAUAGAAACUAAUAACCCACAAGCAUUGCUCUUCUAUUAAUACCAAUGUUAUCUAUGGGUCAUCAGGCAUACAAAUUAAACCUUAUAGCCAAUGGCUUGUUGAAAUGAUAUGCUUAAUUGUAUAUCAGAUACAAUAAUGUCAACAAUAGUUCAUUACAUUGUAUUUUUCUACGAAGCUAGGUUUUUGGUAUGCUAGGGAUUUUAUGUCUUUAGAACAUUUUCAUAGGCACCUUUCUGAGCAUGUCCUGUUUUGUUUUGUUUGAAAUAGUACACAUGAUCAUAUCUGGGAGUAGAAUUGAAUUGUUAUUGGUCCCUAGAUUAUAUGCAAUGUAUUCUAUACAUGUUGUUACUAAGAAUAAGACCAUUUGGUUGUGUGUGUCUUCUAUAUACUUGAGUUCAAACGUUUUGUUGAGUUUUGUGAACAUUAAUUUACCAGAAGAAAUAUUCAUUUGGAAUUGAUUCUAGUCAGGGCUUUUUCUUUGAGGGUUGGGAGGAGACCUGGCCCUUUUCAUUUGUGGAAAUUUUCCAAUGUAAAUGCUUCAAAUUGAAAAAAAUUAAAGUGACACUCUUAUUCAUAACCAAUACAUACACAUAUAUAACAAACAUAAAUUUUAAGUGAUAAACCUUUAACUUCUUCCUAAAUUAUGCAUUAAUGGAAAAUAUAAAUUACUGAUAACAAGAUUGUAACUGUGUAUUUAAUAGAUGAAUAUGCGAAAAUAUUAAAUAAUUGGUGAGUGCUAAAAGAUUUACUGCAAUCUACUCAUAAUGUAGAAAUGCCAUGUGUUAUGCAAAUUUAACUUGAUAUCCUUCAUAAAAACCAAGGAUUUCGACAUUUAUUCAUCUUUUUCAGUAUUUUAAAACAAUUGUAUUAUUGUGGUAAAUCUUAUUUGGGAGUUAGAGUGAAUCUUUAAUGCUUUAUGCUUCAAGCCCAUGUAUAUACAAAAAUGGGGAAAUUCCAUACAAUUACAAACAUAUAAAACUGCAGAUCCAGUACAAACAAUGAUUCCAGUAUUAUUUUUUUAGAUUUUUGGGGAAACUUAUGUCUAAAAAAUAAAUAUAUUUUUUUCAUUUGAUAAAAGCUGAAUGCUGACCUCUUGAAAGUGAGAAAGCCCUGCUACCCUAUGAACAUGAAAAUCAGUUUUAUAAUAUAUCUUCAAAUACAAGCUGUAUUCAAAUAUAUGUCAUUCCCAAAUAAGAAUGUGUAAUUAUUGUAUGUAAAAUUACAUUAAAAGGUAUGAAGUAUAUAUCAAGUUCAUAAUGUAUUACUACUAUUAAGCAUUUAAUUCCCAUCAACAUUGUCAUAAUGAACUGCUAGAGGUCUUAGUUGAUGAGCAUCAGGCCUUUAUACUUUCAGAACAUUAAGGCAUGAUUGAUAGGCAUUAUUUUUGUAUAAGAAUGGUAUUGAUUUGCUUUGGAUAAAAUAUGUUGUUAAAUAUUGUUAUGAUAUGACUAUUGAUGCUUUAGAGUUAUAAAUAAAUGAAAGAUAUUGA